UUUCAACCGAGAUUUCAAUAAUGCAAAUACGUUAGGUACGGUUCUUUUUAAUUUCCUUGUUUUGAAUUUUCCUUAGUUUUUAGUGAGUGAUAAACCAAAGAAAAUGAUACUAAAUUGCUUUCUGUAUAUCGUUUUGAUAUUGCAAGUUUUGCCGCUGUAUGGAUAUAGUGAGAACAGUAAAUUUUUGGGCAAUGACGCAGCAAUGGAAGAGAAAACUUUAGGAAAAAGAAGAAGGCCUGCCAGCCAAGGUUCAGGAACGAGCCCGUGCAAUUUCGGCGGCUCCGGUUACGGAAAGAAUAAGAACCAAGGUUCCGGUAGAACUUUCUUUGAUUUGCAAAUUUUCAACGUCGAACACAAUAACCACCUGAGCAUCGACUGCAGCGGGGGUCACGGUGGCGGCUAUCCCGUCCAUCCAGCUCCCGUCACGGAAUUGUACGUGGAAGACGGAGGUCACAAACCUGGACACGGACACAAGCCGAUAGGAAACCAUGGAGGAGGUGGCCAUCGACCACCUUUUGGUGGACAUAGACCUGGCGGGGGACAACAUGGAGGUGGAGGCGGUUUGUUUGGCGGUAGUGGAGGUCAUCACAGGCCCGGUGGAAAUGGAGGAGGUGGAGGAUGGUUUGGGGGGCUCUGGGGAGGAAACAGACCUCACGAAGGUAGUCAAAAUCAUGGAAGUGGAGGUGGCCCGUUUGGAGGAAAUAGACCUAUUAGACCUCAAAAUGCAGGAGGUAGCCAAAGCCAAAGUCAAGCACAAGGAGGCUUUACAAAUGGACCAAUAAAUUCAUUCAAUAGGCCUCCAACUUACAAACCACCUGUCAGCACAUUACCUCCAAUUGCAGCAACAAGUCCGGCUCCAACUCUAACUACAGAUCCGGACGAUAUUAUUUAUAACGACGAAAUAAAGCCAGUGCACGAAGACUACGAUCCAGUUUUAGAUAUUUAUAACAAUAAAUUACCACCUGGAUAUACGCCGCCUGGGCAGUAUUUGGUGUUUUCCAAUCCUCACUUGGGCAGCUACACACAGGAUUUGGGCAUUUUUAACCCUACUAAUCUGUAUAACAAAUUACAACAAGGAAUCGAGGGAGCCCUAGAUGAACUCGGUUCCUACUUUUGAAGUGACUGAUUAAUAGGAAAUGCGCUUGCCAUUUUAGUUAAAGCCAGGUGUUUAUUAAUGUUUUUUACGCUGACAUAAUAUCUCAUUAUGCCUACUCACGUUAGUUGAUUUUAACAAUAGAAAAUUCGUUCAUAGUCACUGUGCAUUAUUUUAACUAACAUCAAAUUUUAUUACGAUUAUAAUAAACAUAACAUAUACAGUGUGAUUCAAAACUAUACAAUAUUCUUUUUGAGGUUCCAAGAUCUCAAUGAGACAUACUAUAGAUUGUUGCUCUUAAUGUGAAAUUAGCCCAAUAUGUAAUCAAAAAUGUAUACCAAGGCGUCAAGAUUACUAAACUUAAUGACUGGUCCAAUUUAAUAGUUACGGAAAAAAUAAUCAGAAAAUUUUAGCAAGUGGGACUUUUCAAAAUAUGUUCUACAAUAAUUAAGAAAUUCCAAUAGUUAAUUAUUAUCUAUUCUAAUAGUGAAUACUCAGUCCUAGGUACCUAUUCAUAAAAUAAAAUGCAAUUGAUCAAAUUGAAGAAAAUUGUAGAACGUCUAUUCGAAAAUACAUUAAAUUUAGGUACAGGUAUUUAGCAAAUCAGUAUUUUUUUAGCCCCCAUCCAUAAUUCAAUCGUCAAUUACCAACAACAUUCAUUUUCAAAUAAUACACCAAAUAAAAAAAUAAACAUCUCCGAUUCAAAAUUGGAGUAGUUUUCAUAUUCACAACUUCUGCAUUCCAGAAGUAUAAUCGAAACAUUGAAACAAAAUAGUCUAAAAAUCAACACUUCUUCUGAGAGCUUUACCACAUUAAGACAUAUUGUGGUAAAAAACCUAAUUAAUUAAAUAUUCCAUAAUAAACAUCUAUCAGUUUAAAUCUACACAUGAGUUCCCAUGUGUAGAAACUCACUAUAUAUAAAUUGACACACUACACAUAUUUUUAUUACAUGUAGUUCUUAUCAUGUAACUCUCCAAGAAUCAAGAUAGUGGAAUAAGAUCCGUGUUUCACAAACCCGUAGGUAUUAAAAUAUUCUUUGCACGUAGUCAAAAUAAAAAAUAUUUUAACAGCAGACAAAUUACAUUUAAAAUACACUACAUUUUUUGCUCUGUAAUUUUUUUAGUAUUAAUUUUGUUAAAAUAAAUUAAAUUGAUGCAAAAUCGUUCUGAAUCACAUUGUAAAUAAUCAUAUAUCCUAAUCCUGAUGUAAACUUAUCUUACAUUUAACAUACUAAACAGGUGUAUUUAAUAUUAUGCAUUUGAUCAAAAAGUCUUAUGAUUAAACUUUGGACACUGAAGAAAUAUAAGAAAUUAACAGUAUUUGUACAGCAUCAGCCUUAAAUGCGAUGUGAUCAUAAAACUUUUGAUCAUUCCAUAGACCAGAGUGGACAAUGUCAACUCAUUGAAAUAUAAAAACUUACAGUAUGGUAAAAUGAGUUUUAUGAACAAGCAAACAUUUUAGAGUAACAGACAAGAAAUACUAAUUUAACUUAAUAUUAUUUUUUUAU